GCUGCGCUGCGCUUCGCGGCGGGAAGAUGGCGGCGCAAUCACAGGACCGUGAUGGUGGUACGCAGCUGGCGGGGCCCGCGGCGGAGGCCGACCCCUUGGGCCGCUUCACGUGUCCCGUGUGUCUAGAGGUGUACGAGAAGCCGGUGCAGGUGCCCUGCGGACACGUCUUUUGCUCUGCAUGCCUGCAGGAAUGCCUGAAGCCGAAGAAGCCUGUCUGUGGGGUGUGUCGCAGCACUCUGGCACCUGGCGUCCGAGCCGUGGAGCUCGAGCGGCAGAUUGAGAGCACAGAGACUUCUUGCCAUGGCUGCCGUAAAAAUUUCUUCCUAUCUGAGAUCCGGGCACAUGUGAGUACCUGUUCCAAAUACCAGAAUUACAUCAUGGAAGGUGUGAAGGCCACCACCAAGGAUGCGUCCCUUCAGCCAAGAAAUGUCCCAAACCGUUAUACCUUUCCUUGUCCUUACUGUCCUGAGAAGAAUUUUGAUCAAGAAGGACUUGUGGAGCACUGCAAGGUAUUCCAUAGCACGGACACUAAAUCUGUGGUUUGUCCAAUAUGUACCUCGAUGCCUUGGGGAGACCCCAACUACCGCAGCGCCAACUUCAUAGAGCACAUCCAGCGCCGGCACCAGUUUUCUUAUGACACUUUCGUGGAUUACGACGUGGACGAGGAGGACAUGAUGAACCAGGUGCUACAGCGCUCCAUCCUCGACCAGUGAGCGGGCUCUGCGGGGGCUCGCGUCCCAGCGCUUCCAUUACGUGCUCAGCGCGGAACGGGUGACGCAUCCACCUAGUGUACAACAGGCCUGGAAGUGAGCCUGGAUGUUAGGACAGGGUCACUUCCGACAGGGAACAGGUCUCCCAGUCAGAGCCCUCCUUUGCUUUGGGCUCUUCCCUUACUGUUCACCCUGUUUGCAUGUCUGGUCUUUUAUCACUUCUCAGCCACUUCCUGCUGCCUCUUCUGCCUCCUCUUUGGAAGGGAACCCAGCUUCUCCACCUGUCCUUGUUUCACGUUUGUGCCUCCUGUUUGGUGUUGAUCUCUCAGGUCCUCCGAGCCAGCCAGGACCUUUUCUGGGUCAUGAAUAGCACAAAUGAGACAACCGUGUC